UGGGCGGGGCCGCGGGACGGAGCCGGAGCCGCAGCCGGAGCCGCCCGGCCCGCGUCCUGCGGAGCGGCGGCAGCAGCGGUGGUGGUCCCCUUCUGAUGGGAGGAUGGUUGUUCUCAGGCAGUUUGGGCUGCUGCUCUGGAAGAAUUACAUCCUGCAGAAACGGCAGAUCUUGGUGACAGUCAUCGAAAUCUGCCUGCCGCUGCUCUUCGCCGCCAUCCUGAUAGCCCUGCGGCACCGGGUGCACUCCAUCAGCCACCCCAACGCCACCAUCUACCCCCCCGAGCCCGUGGAUGACCUCCCAGGUUUCUUCUACCGCCGGCACCCCAGCAAUCCCUGGGAGCUGGCUUACGUCCCCUCCAACAGCAGCGCCGUCAGGAGCAUUGCAGAGGCCGUGGAGAGAGCUUUACCCAUCAGCAUCAGAGCUCAGGGCUUUGCCUCGGAGCGGGACUUUGAGGAGUACGUCAAGUCGGACAACCGCUCGGGCAGCGUGCUGGCCGCCGUCGUCUUCAAGCACCGCUUCCAGCAGAGCACGGCCCCGCUGCCCCCCCAGGUCAGCUAUGAGCUGCGCUUCAAGUACAGCCCCCGGAACGCGCCACGGAGCGAGCAGACGGGGCUGAACCCCAACCUGGACCGGGACUGGCACACCAGCUACCUCUUCCCGCUCUUCCAGCUGCCCGGGCCCCGGGAGGCCAAGUUUGCUGAUGGGGGGACGCCGGGCUACAUCCGAGAAGGUUUCCUGGCCGUGCAGCACGCGGUGGACAGAGCCAUCAUGCAGUACCACGCCAAUGCCAGCUCUGCCAGCCUGCUGGAGAACAUCACGGUGGUGGUGCAGCGCUUCCCCUACCCGGCGUACGUCAAUGACCUGUUCCUCCUCGCCAUCCAGAACCAGCUGCCUCUGCUGCUCAUGCUCAGCUUCACCUACACCUCGCUCAACAUCGUCCGUGCCGUCGUGCACGAGAAGGAGAAGAAGCUGAAGGAGUACAUGCACAUGAUGGGCCUCAGCAACUGGUUGCACUGGAGUGCCUGGUUCCUCAUGUUCUUCCUCUUCCUCCUGGUGUCCGUGUUUUUUGUCACCGUGCUCUUCUGUGUCAAGGUGAGCGAACAGGGAGCGGUGCUCACCAACAGCGACCCCACGCUGGUGUUCACCUUCCUCGCCAUCUUCUCCAUCUCCUCUAUCUCCUUCAACUUCAUGGUGAGCACCUUCUUCUCGAGAGCAAAUGUGGCGGCUGCCGCUGGUGGCUUCCUCUACUUUUUCUCCUACAUCCCUUACUUCUUCAUCUCGCCCCGCUACGACCUGAUGUCCCACAGCCAGAAGCUGGCAUCCUGCCUCAUCUCCAACGUCGCCAUGGCCAUGGGGGCACAGCUUAUAGGCAUGUUCGAAGGAAAAGGCACUGGGAUUCAGUGGAGGGACCUGAUGAAGCCUGUCAGCGUGGAUGACAACUUCACCUUAGCCCAAGUGCUGGGGAUGCUGCUCCUGGACUCGGCACUCUACGGCGUGGUGGCCUGGUACGUGGAGGCCGUCUUUCCAGGGGAGUACGGCGUGCCUCAGCCGUGGUACUUCUUCUUGACGCCCUCAUACUGGUGUGGGCGCCCCAGGACCGUCGUGGGAAAAGAAAAGGAGGAGGAGGAGGACCCCGAGAAGGCUCUGAAGAGCCAGUACAUAGAAGAGGAACCUGCCGACCUCGUGUCAGGAAUCAAAAUAAAGCACCUUUCCAAGGUCUUCAAAGUGGGAAACAAGACGAAAGAGGCAGUCAAGGACUUAACAGUGAACAUGUACGAAGGGCAGAUUACGGUUCUGUUGGGACACAAUGGUGCUGGGAAGACCACCACUCUGUCCAUGCUCACAGGUCUGCACUCUCCGACGGGCGGGCAGGCGUACAUCAACGGCUACGAGAUCUCCCAGGACAUGGUCCUGAUCCGCCGCAGCCUGGGCCUGUGUCCCCAGCACGAUGUCCUCUUCGACAACAUGACGGUGGAAGAGCACCUCCGCUUCUAUGCAGGGCUGAAGGGGUACCCACCCUCCAAGUGCCCCGAGGAGAUCAACCACAUCCUGAGGAUCCUCAACCUGGAGGACAAGCGCCGCUCUCUGAGCAAGGCGCUCUCCGGUGGCAUGAAGCGCAAGCUCUCCAUUGGCAUCGCCCUCAUUGGAGACUCCAAGGUGGUGAUGCUGGAUGAGCCGACAUCAGGGAUGGACCCAGCCUCUCGCAGGGCCACGUGGGACCUCCUGCAGCAGCAGAGGAGCAACCGCACCAUCCUGCUGACCACCCACUUCAUGGAUGAGGCUGACCUGCUGGGGGACCGCAUAGCUAUCAUGGCCAAGGGCGAGCUGCAGUGCUGCGGCUCCUCACUCUUCCUCAAGCGCAAAUAUGGGGCAGGAUAUCACAUGGUGAUGGUGAAGGAGCCCUACUGUAACCUGGGGGAGAUCUCCCGCCUCAUCUGUCAGUACGUGCCCAACGCCACCAUGGAGAGCAAUGCUGGGGCAGAGCUGUCCUUCAUCCUGCCGAAGGAGAGCACGCACAGGUUUGAAGCCCUGUUCACGGAGCUGGAGCAGAAGAGGGAGGAGCUGGGCAUUGCCAGCUACGGGGCCUCGGUCACCACCAUGGAGGAGGUCUUCCUGAGGGUGGGGAAGCUUGUGGACUCCAGCAUGGACAUCCAGGCCAUCCAGCUACCUGCUCUCCAGUACCAGCACGAGAGACGCUCCAAUGACUGGGCCAUGGAUGACUCCAGCAGCCUGAGCGGCAUGACCGACAUGACGGAUGACAGCGGGGCGCUCAUUACGGAGGACUGCUCCAGCAUCAAGCUCAACACCGGGUUCUACCUGUGCUGCCAGCAGUUCUACGCCAUGUUCAUGAAGCGAGCCAUGUACAGCUGGCGCAACUGGAAGAUGGUGGCAGCACAGUUCCUCGUGCCUCUGAUUUUCACUGCCUUUGCCCUCAUCGUGGCCAAGACCUUCCCGGGACCCAGGGACUCCUCCCUGCUGAGGCUGACUCUGGAGCCCUACGGCCAGACCAUCGUGCCUUUCUGUGUCUCGGCCACCUCGGGCCUGUCGCAGAGGUUGGCGGAGCAGUACGUGGAGCUGCUGGAGGCCCAGCAUCAGUCGCCGCUGGAGGUGCUGGCAGGUGGCCUGGAGGAGUACCUCAUCUCAAGAGCCUCCAAGGAAGGGGGAGCCUUCAACGAGCACUACAUCGCAGCUGCCUCCUUCGAAGGAGCCGGGAACCGCACGGUGGUCACCGCGCUCUUCAACAACCAGGCAUACCACUCCCCGGCCACGGCCCUUAUGCUGGCUGACAACGCUGUCUUCAGGGUACUGGCGGGCCCCAAUGCCUCCAUCACAGUCACCAACUACCCUCAGCCCCGCAACAUCACCGAGAAGGCCAAAGACCAGCUCAUGGAAGGCCAGACCGGGUUCGCCAUUGCCAUCAACUUGCUGUACGGCAUGGCUUCGCUCGCCAGCACCUUUGCUCUGCUGCUGGUCAGCGAGCGGGCCAUCAAAGCCAAGCACGUCCAGUUUGUCAGCGGCGUCUACGUGGUCAACUUCUGGCUUUCCGCCCUGCUCUGGGACAUCAUCAACUUCCUCAUCCCUUGUGCUCUGAUGCUGGUGAUAUUCCAAGCCUUUGAUGUACAAGCCUUCACCCAAGACAGCCACCUCGUUGAUGUGAUGCUGAUCUUCCUCCUUUAUGGCUGGGCCAUCAUCCCUCUCAUGUACCUCCUCAGUUUCUUCUUCUCGGUGGCAGCCACGGCCUACACCCGUCUCACCAUCUUCAAUAUCCUCUCAGGCACAGCCACCUUCCUUGCGGUCACCAUCAUGAGCAUCCCAGAGCUGGGCUUGGUGGACCUCUCCAAAACCCUGGAUAAAGUCUUUCUCAUCUUACCCAAUUACUGCUUGGGCCAAUGCAUCAGUGACUUCUACCAAAACUACGAGUUCAUUCAGUUUUGUACCUCCUCUGUUGAAGCCAUCUUCAUCUGCAAGGCAUUCAAUAUCAGUUAUCAGAUGAACUACUUUUCUUGGGAGACGCCUGGGAUCGGACGAUACCUGACCUCCUUGACCAUCCAGGGUUUCUCCUUCCUCUUCCUCCUUUUCCUCAUUGAGACAAACCUUCUCUGGAGGCUCAGAACUUUGGUCUGUGGCAUCUGCAGGCGGCGGAAAUGGGUGGCACUGCUGAACAGGGUGUCUGUGCUGCCAGAGGAUCGAGACGUGGCAGAUGAGAGGAAGAAGGUUUUGGAGUCUCCACCAGAACUGCUGUCAUCGCUCAGUAGCCCUCUGGUCAUCAAGGAGCUCACCAAGGUCUACGACAGCCGGGAGUCCCUGCUGGCGGUGGACAGGAUCUCCUUGGCCGUCAGCAAAGGGGAAUGCUUUGGCCUGCUUGGCUUCAACGGAGCGGGCAAAACCACCACCUUCAAGAUGCUGACUGGUGACGAGAGCAUCACGUCGGGGGAUGCCUUCGUGGAUGGCCACAGCAUUCUGGCCAACAUCAAAAAGGUCCAGCAGCGGAUCGGCUACUGCCCGCAGUUUGAUGCCCUCCUGGACCACAUGACAGGCCGCGAGACCCUGAGCAUGUACGCCCGGCUGCGGGGCAUCCCCGAGCGCUACAUCGGCAGCUGCGUGGAGAACAUGCUGAGAGGGCUGCUUCUGGAGCCCCACGCCGACAAGCUCGUGAGGACCUACAGUGGUGGUAACAAGCGGAAGCUGAGCGCUGGCAUUGCCCUCAUCGGUGGUCCCCCUGUGAUCUUCCUGGAUGAGCCCUCCACUGGCAUGGACCCCGUGGCCCGGCGUUUGCUCUGGGAUGCAGUGACACGGACGCGGGAGUGUGGCAAAUCCAUCAUCUUCACCUCCCACAGCAUGGAGGAGUGCGAGGCCCUGUGCACGCGGCUGGCCAUUAUGGUGAACGGGCAGUUCAAAUGCCUGGGCAGCCCCCAGCACCUGAAAAGUAAGUUUGGCAGUGGCUACACCUUGCUGGCCAAGACGCGGAGUGAGGAGGAGGGAGAGCUGCAGGCCUUCAAAGCCUUCGUGGAGAAGACUUUCCCAGGCAGUGUUCUGAAACAUGAGCACCAGGGCAUGGUACAUUAUCACUUGACCAACAAGAACCUCAGCUGGGCACAGGUCUUCGGGGCCUUGGAGAAAGCCAAAGAGAAGUAUCGCUUGGAAGACUAUUCGGUGAGCCAGAUAUCCCUGGAGCAGGUCUUCAUGAGCUUCACUCGCUUCCAGCACUACACAGAGGACAGAGGGAAAUGAGCAGAAGCCCCCACUGGUGCCCUUCAUCAUGGACUGGCCCUGCUGCCUAUACAUAGUAUAUAUAGAGACAGUAAUUUAUAUAUCGGCGUGUCUUAAACAAUGUAUAAAUGUAAGAAACUUUUCAGCGGGGAGAGGGGAGAGGAUGGCGUCGUAUCGGGAACACAAGUGGUGUGUGCGCAGUGCGUGCCACCGCAGCGCCGGCACGGCUCUGCGUGUGCGUGUGACACUUCCACUCUCCAGCCUUCAUUCCCAUCUGUACAGAGAGAAAAAAAAAAAAAAAAAAGCAAAAAAAAAGCAAAAAAAAAAAAAAAAAUAGCCCAAGGAGCAGGGGGAAUCCUGGAUGGGUGGCAAUGGGUCCCGGGGAUUGGGCUGGCGGAGCAGGAUGCUGCCUGCCCCCCUUCUUCACAGCCCACUGCCCGCACCCGUCAGGACGCUGCUUCAUGGCCUUGGCCCGCAUGUUGACGUGUAUCGUUAGGUGGUUUGCUCGUGGUUUAACAGGAGGCUGUCAGAUAGCUUAGAUCCAAACCGUUUGCUGGGUUAAUUAGGAUGGGCUGUGGUUGCCCCUCGAAGCACUUUGUGUCUAGCCGGAGGGGACAAGGCGAGCCCCCCACCCCUGUGUGUCCCCUGCGUGGCACGGGGGGAGGCUCUGGCUCCUUUAACCUCUUGGAAAACGCUUGUCCCCUCCUGCCCAGGGGUGGAGGCAAGGCCGUCCCGAGCCGGCUGUUGGGAGGGCGGAUUAGGUUGAUGGAGAACUGCUCCGUGCUCGGUUCAGCGUGUGCCGGGUCCAGCUGCAGCGCCGGCGCUCGGGCUGAAGGCAGCGAGGGGUGAGAGGUGCCACGGGGGACGCUGCCGGGCUCGCUAGUGAAUCCCUGGAAAGGUUUGACUGCUGCGCAGCGGGCCGUGCAGCCGCGGGACCGGCGGUCGGGGGGGCCAGCGAUGCUCUCCCUGCGCCCCUGCCCUGCUUUGCUCUCCCCGUACGCCCCGCGCAGCUCCCACCAGAGCACACCCAUCCCAUGGGCGUCCAUCCCUCGUCCCCGUCCCCGUCCCCUCCGCACCACGCCGGGCUGCUCUGGCAGCAGGCGGGGGGCGAAGGCACUGGCCUGCCCUUGCCCGGCCGUGGGGGAUGCUGCUGGGCACGGCGCGUUAGGCACCAGCGCUGCCCAGCUCGCGCCACGUCGGGGGCAACAACUGGGAUUUCUUUUUGCUGGUUCCCAGUGGUUGGGUUGCUUUUUUGUUUGUUUGUUUGUUUGUUUUAAAUCCGUGUUGAUUCUUGUCUGUCCUUAACUAGUCCCUGUGUCACCUGGGGGCAGUCCCCGUUGGGCCGGCUGCUCCGCGAUCAAUGCAGAGCUAUUUGCACUAUAGUAAUACACACAAUUGCACAUAACUAAAUGAAUUAAUAUUUAUGGCGAGGGGUGCUGAUUCCCUUCUAGUGAUUGCAUUGUCAGGGGUUGGGUUAUAUUUUUGGGUUGGGUUUUUGUUUUGUUCCUGUGACUGACUCAUUCUUUCCUGUUCCAUUUCUGCCCUUUGCCUAAUGUUGUUGUUCAAAACGAUGGUGCAUCAUGUUACUAAGAAUUUCCCUGGAUCUUAA